AUGAGAAUAUCAGAAGUAAAAAGUACAACACGCGAGCAACGAAUCGCGCCACACACACAUAUCAAAGGCCUUGGGCUACGUGACGACGGUAGAGCACAUGCUCAAGCUGACGGCUUUGUGGGACAAGAGUCCGCUAGAGAGGCAUGCGGUAUUCUCGUUGACCUGAUAAAGAGCAAGAAAAUGGCUGGUCGUGCAUUACUUCUUGCUGGUGCUCCAGGCACAGGGAAAACCGCUAUAGCGCUUGCAAUAUCUCAAGAGCUUGGUCCUAAGGUUCCUUUCUGUCCAAUGGUGGGAAGUGAAGUGUAUUCGACUGAAGUAAAAAAGACCGAAGUUCUCAUGGAAAACUUUCGGAGAGCUAUAGGGUUACGAAUAAAAGAAACAAAGGAAGUAUAUGAGGGCGAAGUGACUGAACUCACUCCCGAGGAAAUAGAAAAUCCAUUGGGUGGAUACGGAAAAACCCUGGCUCAUGUGAUUAUCGGACUAAAGACUGUUAAAGGCACAAAGCAGUUGAAAUUGGAUCCAAGUAUUUUUGAGAGUAUACAGAAGGAACGAGUUACCGUUGGAGAUGUUAUAUACAUUGAGGCUAAUACGGGAGCAGUGAAACGUGUUGGUCGUUCAGAUGCUUACGCUACAGAAUUUGAUCUGGAAGCAGAGGAAUAUGUUCCUUUACCAAAAGGUGAAGUUCACAAAAAGAAAGAAGUUGUCCAGGAUGUUUCUUUACACGAUUUGGAUGUUGCAAAUGCACGACCUCAA